CAGGGCAAGACCUCGAGGCAUCGCUCACAGCAUCACAUUGUCGUCGUCCACUUCGCCAGCGCCCGUUCCUCGCGCCGCCGAACGCGCCUCCUCCAGCCUCCGUCCACACCGGAGGACGCCAGCCAGCCGCCCCGACACGGCGACACCGAAGUAACUAUUCCUUUGUAGUCGUCUAUGUCGUACGCCUCCUCCCAAAUCCCGUCGGUUAUUGGAUUGGGGGUGGAGCGGAGAUCCAUCCGGACUUGGGAUUGAUCUCUUUUGUUGGCUGUUCUUCUUCUGGGCGCGCAUGAUCAAUCUCAGUUGACGCCAUAUGACUUAGGACCCCAAGGUGCAGGUGCAAUUUAUUUGGCAAGAAAUUUUGACCCCACAUGCCCUACGAGGUCUGUCCGCCGUAACUCCGCCGUGAAGCUCUAACCGUGGGAGAGCAUCAUGAUGUCAAGGUUUGCCUACAUAGGGAAGAGCAGAAAACUUGCUCAAGCCCUGUUGGUUACCUCAAAACCCAACAAUUCUGGAGCUCAAAACAUUGGUUCGAGCUUCGCAUUUGGUUUGGCUGGCAGGGCCUUUCUGCAUGGGAGGGUUCAUAAUGGACCCAGCACUUCAUACAUGCUUGGAAGAGCAAAUGAUAGCUUACACUGGGGCACUGGUGUGGGAAAGUUCUCAGUUCUUUCAUCCUGUAGUCAUAAUGCAUUUCAGAGCCAACUUACUUGGAGGCAACUCGUGGCACUGGGUUCUCGUGUACCGAAAGCAUCUCCAUUUUUGAGUAGGGUUGCUUGCGUCAUUAGCUUGGCUGUGACUAGAUCUAAUUUAGCUCCUUACCUCUUUGCUUUCGUAGCCGGAGAGUUAAUGCUAGUUCAGAGGACAUCUGCAGAUGGUGAGUACUACCCAAUACGUGAGCGGGCUCAGGAUGGCCGUAUUUAUGUUACCUCGUUAAUAUUUUCGGCAAUGGAGAUGGUUAUCAUAAUCUUCAGAUCAAUAUAUUUGGCACUGUUGUUCACUCCGAGUAUACUGAUGGCACCAUUUGUUGAUACUCUUGGCAGUAAGUAUAGGAAAACAUGGCUUCGACUUGUCCAUCGUACUUUGGAGCUGGCAGGUCCUGCGUUUAUUAAAUGGGGCCAAUGGGCUGCAACACGUCCUGAUCUCUUUGCAAGUGACCUUUGUACCGAAUUGUCGAAGCUGCACACAAAAGCACCAGCUCACAGCUUUAAGUAUACCAAGAAAACUGUUGAGAAAGCUUUUGGUCGAAAGCUAUCAGACAUUUUUGAGAAUUUUGAAGAGGACCCUGUAGCAUCUGGAAGUGUUGCUCAAGUGCACCGAGCUGUUUUGAGAUUCUGGUAUCCCAGUCAGCAGACAAAGCGCAUAACAGUUGCAGUAAAAGUAAGACAUCCUGGUGUAGGAGAUUCAAUACGGAGGGAUUUCAUUAUCAUUAAUGCAGUAGCCAAAAUUUCUAGAUAUAUCCCUGCUUUAAAUUGGUUGCGGUUGGAUGAGAGUGUGCAACAGUUUGCUGUCUUCAUGAUGUCUCAAGUUGACCUUGCAAGGGAAGCUGCUCAUUUGAGUCGGUUUAUCUACAACUUCCGAAGGUGGAAGGAUGUAUCUUUCCCAAGACCUCUUUAUCCACUUGUUCAUCCUGCUGUUUUGGUCGAGACUUACGAGCAUGGAGAGAGUGUUUCACACUAUGUCGAUGACCUUGAUGGGCAUGAUCGAAUUAAAAGCAUUCUCGCCCAUAUUGGCACUCAUGCACUUUUGAAAAUGUUACUGGUUGAUAAUUUUGUUCAUGCAGAUAUGCACCCUGGAAAUAUUUUGGUCCGUGUUGGACAGCCAAAUAACUCAAAUAACACCCUUCUAAAGUCAAGGCCACAUGUAGUCUUCCUUGACGUAGGAAUGACUGCUGAACUUUCGAGUAAUGACCGUGUGAAUUUACUUGAGUUUUUCAAGGCUGUUGCUCACCGAGAUGGUCGCACAGCUGCAGAAAGUACUCUAAAGUUGUCAAAACAGCAGAAUUGCCCAAAUCCAAAAGCUUUUAUUGAGGAAGUUGAGCGAGCAUUCUCUUUUUGGGGCACCACUGAAGGUGAUGCUGUCCACCCAGCUGAGUGUAUGCACCAGCUCCUUGAGCAAGUCCGACGUUACAAAGUGAACAUUGAUGGGAAUGUUUGCACUGUCAUGGUGACGACAUUAGUUCUUGAGGGCUGGCAGCGCAAGUUGGAUCCAGAUUACAAUGUUAUGAAGACACUACAGACUUUACUUUUUAAAGAAGACUGGGCUAAAUCUCUUCAGUACACGAUUCAAGGGCUUAUGGCACCUUAGGAUCAGCGCUGCAAUCCUCUCAAAAGUUUUGAUCUGGUUUGUGUGCGGAUGAUGGAGGAUGCUCUGCUCUCACCAUCACGUUUUGUUUCUUUUCCUUUUUAUUUUUUCCUUUUUAGGUUAUACAGUUCUGCACCCGUCCUGGUAGUGCUGCUAAAGCAGCUGUGACAAAGUAAUAAUUGCAGCACGAAUUUGAAGCUACUAGAGUACCCUGCUCUAGAGUACAUUGCCCUGGAUUACCUGCUUGUGUUCUUGUCAAGCCAAGGAUUGGGUCCUUUUUUGCUCCUCCCAACAAUUUUGUCGAUAGCUCUUAGAUGAUGUAGCAAAAGGCGUAUUAUUCUGAUGAUCUUUUUGUAACUGGAGAGAUUGUAUCAGCGAACGAGAGAUUUUGUUAUGUAUACACGGAGAUACUGUUAAUUUUAAGAAGAUACCUACGUCUCA